AUGUCUCAAAAUCAACGAGAGGCGUGGGAGCGCCUGCAAAUUAUGCUCUCCAAGCGCAAGGCCGGCUUCGGUGGUAUGCCAUCCGGUGGUGGCCGAGGAGGCAUGGGACUUGUCGGAACUCUCAUUCUGGCUGGUAUUGGCACCUACGUCGCGUCAAAUUCUCUCUUUAACGUGGAUGGUGGUCACCGCGCUAUCAAAUAUUCACGCUUAGGAGGUGUCCAAAAAGAAAUCUACAAUGAAGGAACCCAUUUCCAAAUCCCCUGGUUCGAAACACCGAUCAUCUACGAUGUCCGUGCGAAGCCUCGCAGCAUCCCUUCGCUCACUGGUACCAAGGACCUACAAAUGGUGAACAUCACCUGCCGAGUCCUGUCCAGACCCCGUGUCGAUGCCCUGCCCCAGAUUUACCGAACCCUGGGUCAAGACUUCGACGAGCGUGUUCUGCCCUCGAUCGUCAAUGAGGUGUUGAAGAGCGUUGUUGCUCAGUUCAACGCCAGCCAGUUGAUCACACAGCGUGAGAACGUCGCCCGUUUGGUGCGGGAGAACCUGGCUCGUCGGGCUGCCCGAUUCAACAUUGCUCUGGACGAUGUCUCCUUGACACACUUGACAUUCUCCCCCGAGUUCACGGCCGCAGUUGAGGCCAAGCAAGUCGCACAGCAAGAUGCUCAGCGUGCUGCAUUCAUGGUCGACAAGGCCCGCCAAGAGAAGCAGGCCUUCAUUGUCCGCGCACAGGGUGAGGCCCGCUCCGCCGAGCUUAUUGGUGACGCCAUCAAGAAGAGCAAGAGUUACAUUGAGCUCCGGAAGAUCGAAAAUGCCCGUCAAGUUGCUCAGAUUCUGCACGAGAGUGGCGGCAAGAACAAGCUCUACCUGGACAGCCAAGGAUUGGGCCUGAAUGUCAACGCCUCCAGCGAGGAAGGCAAAUAA